AACCGCGAGAGCCAAGGCCAUCAGCAAACGCUUCACGCGCCGACGCUUCCCAGAGGCUCCUCGCGCGCCUGGCCGGGCUCCGGGUCCCGGCGCGCGCGCGUCCCCACCAUGCAGACGGCCAAGGUAAGGAGUGCGCGGGGAGACGCGCGCGACGCCGCGGACCCUAGGCGCAAACUUCCCGCCUGCUUGCCGUCGCUCCAAUUCCCUUGCUAAGGCAGCGGGGCUGGAAGGCUUGGCGCGGGUUUGGUUGAAAGGCGCGCGCUGAGGCGGCGGAGCUCUUCCCAAGGGUGCUUUUCCUCAGAGGUCCUUGGGAGCCGGUGGGCGUCACUGGGUUGAGGAUUCCCCGGGACAGGGAGAAGAAAUAAUAAUAAUAAUAAUAAUAAUAAUAAAGAAUAAAGAAUAAAUUCGAAGCAACUUUUAAAUUCGGUCCGAAUGGGAAGCGUGACCUGGGCAGAGAAUUACCUCUUGCCAGCUGAGAUGCUCGCGAAAGGGAGCGCGGCUGGGAUGCGCUGUUGCGCAGCGGGAGAAUCGCUCGCACUGCCGCCCCGCAAACCAGGGCUGAGGACGCUGUUGGGGUGGCGCUGUAGAAGCUUAAAACGACCUGCAUUGCAAGGCGGUGGGGUUGGACUAGAUGGUCCUUGUGGGAUCCUUUCCAACUCUCCAAGUUCUAUGACCAAGCGUUGCGACUGCGAGGAGUGAGGCUCCCGACCUGUAAUUAUUUAACAGACGCAAGGAUUAGGAGAGCGGGGCGAGGUGGGAUGUUGUGCAGGUUUACUGGGGCGCCGUGGAUUUCUAUACGUGGGCAUCCUCUGCCAAUGGCACCUACUUAGCUGAGAGAAUGGCGUCUUUCUUGCUUGGGAAGUGGAUUCCUAAUGUGAACUGAACAGUUUUACUCGAGGACGUACCAAAAAUUAAAUCCUUUUGCUGGAUUAGAUCCUAUUUGCCCAGAAGUUCUAAAUCCCACAUUGAUCACCCUGAGACUGUGCAUCUAGGGAUCCAUGCCCCCCUGCGCUUUCUUCUCACCACCUGUUUGAAGGAUGGGUGAUCAUCAGUCUCAAAACUGAAUUCGGAAUGCUGACUUAUCUGUUUGAUGAGUUUAUAUGCACAGAUCUAAGUUCCUAUCAAAAAUGAUUUACCAAUGAUUUACCAAUCAUAGGCUAGCUCGUUAAAGUUAAUCUUUAUAUGUUUACCUGCUUGGCGGGGGGGUCAAGUAAAUAAAUAAAAAUACUUAAAUAAGUAGAAAUUGUAGAAAGAUUUUGGCAGAUUUUUCUAAGCACUUGGGGUCAAAAUAAAGCAAUUUAAAACAACAGUUGUUGAGACAUUUCAUUCCAAAACUGCUAGACAGAGCCAGACAGAGGGUGAUGGCAGGUUGGUGUCCUUCCUCCCUGGCUAUUAAAUCCUGACGAUUCCUAUGCUUGGAUUAUGUCCAAUUUAACUUGAUAGGGCUUACUUUUGAAUAGAUGUGUAGGAUUUCGUUGCAAAUCUCUCUUGCGAAUUAAAUCUAGUGUACCUGUUAUCCUCCUUCAAAUGUGGAAGUGUCGGGGAAGCAAACACCUAGAAAAGCAUCCUUUAUAUGUUUUCAUUUCCUGUGCAUUAUAGGUAUGGGUGCUUGCCUGCCUUCUCUUGUGUGGACUCCCUUACCCUGGAUUAGAGACUUUCAAGGUAAGCAAGCGCCCACUGCGUGCUCGAACCUGCGCUGACCGGCCUGAAGAGCUUCUGGAGCAGCUGUAUGGGCGACUCACAGCAGGGAUGCUCAGCGCUUUCCAUCACACCUUGCAGCUGGAGCCUCUGGAAAAAGAUCACAAUACCAGUUGUCCAGCAGGGGGCAGAUCAGCUGCGGACAAGGUAUACCGACUCCCUAUCAACCUCAACAGCGUCUCUCCUUGGUCCUACAGGUAAUGUGAAUGCAAUUCAUCAACCACUCCCUAGCUUAAAAUGUGAAGAAGGGUUGUGUGAUUGUCUUAUCUCUCCACCUAUGGCGCUAUGGCUAUGUGUCGCUGAACUUCAGUUCCCAUCAGCCCCAGCCAGCAUGGCCAAUGGUUAGGGGUGAUGGAGGUCAUAGUCCCUAUAACAUUUGGGGGGCCACAUCCCCUGCUUGAAGGGAGACGCCACACAUGUGACCUGUGUUGAAUAGGACCAACCUAUCGAGGCUGUUUCUUCAUCUCUCUUCUGGUCUCUUAGAACUACUGAUUCUUGAAUUUGAAGUGGGAAAUUAGUCGUGAGACAGACCUUGCUUAAUGCUGCACUUUUAAAAAUCAGGGCAGAACUAUGAGAGCUGUGCUUGCAGCUGAUUCACUCCUCCCCACCCCGACUUAAUAGCAGCAGGACAGGUGAGCAGAACAGGGUCUGGGUGUCUUGUUCUGCUCUCUAGUAAUUAGGCUGUCACAUUUUUAGCUCAACCGCAACAUCUGGGAAGCUGCUAUUUUAAAUGUGCAUACAGGUAUCACAAAAGGAAGGACAGAAUUCAAAGCAAAUGCAUCCAAAGUGGGGCAGUUUCUAAUUUUAAAAACGUGCGUUGUUAUUAUUAUAAUACUCUGAAUAAAUAGCAGCAUUUGCAUUUGGUUAUGUACCUUUGUGGGAAAUGCAAAUAUUAUCAUUUUAAUGGCCACUAAUAAACAUUGGCUUAUGUGGUUUGUCUUCUGCCUGGUUUAGCUUUAAAAACAGCAGUUUUCUCAAUAUGGUAUUUUAAAACUAACUUUAUGUAUUUAGAAACAAUGUUUACAAAGAAUACAAGCUGGAUGCCAGUGCUCUAAACAGAAGCUCUGUAUAUCCUGUACUGAAAUAUCAAAAAUAGUACUUAUACUUUGCCUGAGUAGUUUAAAAAUGUUAAUAUACUAUUAACUCUUAAGGUCACAUAAGGUUGACCUACAAUAUAUAGAUCUUGGGCAGGAAAUAACUUGGGCAGGAAGGAUCCACUGGUAGAUCAGCUAAGUGAUUUGCACUAGAUCUACAAGGGCUUCUAUUUUUCCCAUUGUGUAACAAUAGCAGGAAGGGAAAAGCUUUCUCACCCCUCAAAUAUCAGGCUGCUUAAGUGAAGAAAGCUUGGAAGAAGACAAAGAGUUGAUUUUUGUGCAAAAGUACUGUGAGCUCAGCUCUGAUACUGAGCACAUGUUCAGUUGUGUUCUGUUCCUGAAUUUACAGGGCUCUAUUAGGAAGCAAAAGUCAAGUCCACAGUCCUGGUCCCAACUACGCCUAGUCUAAGCAACAGCUUUCAGCCUCCAGUUCUGAUUAAUCAGGGCAGUCAACAAAACCAGAAAUAGGAUUAAGCUGUUUUGACCCUGGUUUCUGUUUAGUAGCUCUUCUUUUUCUCCGGCUUUUUCUUUUCUCCGGCUUUUUCUUUUUCUCCAGCUAAGUAGAUGCAAGUACCCAAGUACCAGAGAGGCGAGUUCAAAAGUGUUUACGUUUUCUUUCCCAUAAACAAGUUGGAACCUGAGAGGCCAGUUCAAAUGCCUAAACGGCCUCGGUCCAGUAUACCUGAAGGAGCGUCUCCACCUCCAUCGUUCUGCCCGGACACUGAGGUCCAUCACCGAGGGCCUUCUGGCGGUUCCCUCGCUGCGAGAAGCCAAGUUACAGGGAACCAGGCAGAGGGCCUUCUCGGUAGUGGCACCCGCCCUGUGGAACACCCUCCCACCAGAUGUCAAAGAGAAAAAUAAUUAUCAAACUUUUAGAAGACAUCUAAAGGCAGCCCUGUUUAGGGAAGCUUUUAAUGCUUAAUAGGUUAUUAUAUUUUAGUGUUUUGUUGGAGGCCGCCCAGAGUGGCUGGGGAAACCCAGCCAGAUGGGCGGGGUAUAAAUAAAUUAUUAUUAUUAUUAUUAUUAUUAUUAUUAUUAUUAUUAUUAUUACUACUACUACUAUUAUUAUUAUUAUGCUGUCCAGUGGUUUCCCCCCUAGAAAACAGGUGCUGGUACUCACUAUAAAGUUGUUACAGUAAGUGCCGCACUUUUUAACAACUAAAAAAAAGAAGUGCCGAUAGUGCAUACACUUUAGUACCCCCUGAAAAAUUAGCACUGAUCUUGUCGGUCCUUGAGAGAGCUGUGCUGCCCUCCCCUGCACAUGCUCUCUCCCCCAUCCAGUUGCACGGAUGCUGAGAUGUCCUGCUCUUGAAUUUACCUGCCUUUGUUUCCCUUCUGUAUGGGCCCCUCCUGAUUACUUUUCAUCUCCUCGCUGACUUGUUCACCGGCUCCCCCUUGUGAUGUCAUCUCCAGAUGUCAUUGGCCUGACCGGUUUAGAGUCCAGAUUAUUAUUAAUGAUGGUGCUGGUAAAUAAAUCCAGGCCUAAAGUCCUUUCCUGCAGCUCUUCCCUGGACACCUAACCCCAGUUUGAUACGCUGCCAUUUAUCACUGCUCCUUCCAGUCCGUGUGGCUGCAUUCCUAGCUCAGGCAACUGGGUUAUUUCACAAAAGAGAUAGAAGGCAUCUGCUGAAAUCCGCAUGUAGGAUAGUCAUGCCAGACAGAUCUGGCAUAAGCCUUCUUGGGUCUGUAGUGCAGAGGUGGGGAACAGGAUCUGGCCACUGGGCCAGAUCAUUCUUCCACCCACUCAUGCAAGCCAACUAUGACAGGUUGGUGGGGCUACUCAUCUGUCAAUCACCUAACAUCACAGUGACAUCAAGAUGGCCCUUUUUUUUGCACAGGACUUUGCAGGCAAUGCCGGUCGUCUGUUCAGCAGUGCCUGCGCACCACUAUCAGCUGUAGUGGCAUGCGCCGCCUUUCCAUAUGUGUAAUUCAAUUCAUCUCAGCUCAUAGUCCUUAGGACUAUGUCAGCAGGUUGAUUUGGCAUCAGUUCAGCACCAGCAUGCUUAGAAGAUGCAGAGCCACCACACAGGUGCAGAGUACCGCAAAUGUGUUUCAUCAAAGAACACACCUAAGGGAUUGUUCAGUUGAAAUUGCGCCCUUGCAAGGGGAAAGCUAAGACAACGCAAGUAGAAGCUCUCCAGUGUUACUGUAGACGAACCAGGUCCACUUAGUGCCAUUCGCUUGCAGAAACGGUCAUGUGGAGCAAUGCAGAGAUGUGGAAGCAUUUGGAAAGACCUGUAGGUAUACAUUGGAACAAAUUGCAUGUAAAAAAUGGCAUUGCCAUCUUAACUCUCAUGCUCUGUGCUGAAAAUUCCACCUCUCAAAUUGGAUGGGCAACAGCAUUUGGGCUCUUUAUAAUGCACUCAGGGAUCUAACUUAAUAUGUUGAGCCUAAACCUUGCUGUUCAGUAGGAUGUACCAAUAGCUCCAGUGGAAGAUGCUUCUGGUAAGCAUGCUUAAGACUGUAGCCACUGCCUUCUUUUUUCUUUUCUUUAUUUCACUGGAUGUUAAUUUGACUACAGAAAAUUGUCAAAAUGUUAGAGGUGCCUGCGUGUAAGGAAGCAAUCUACUUAAACUAGUCUGAAUGGCUUGAGUAAGUGAGCAAAGUACAAAAGAAAACAUAAUUAUCAGGAUUCUAAUCUGCAGGAAGAGAUCUUCCUUAUCCCAAAUCAAUUAAACUGUAAGAAGAAAGGCCAUAUCUCAGUAGUAGUGCUCAUGUUUUGCAGAAGGUACAUCUGUGAAUGUCCCUUGCCUGAAACCCUGGAAAGCUGCUGCCAGUGCGUGUGGACAAUACUGAGUUAAAUAGGCCAAUGGUGUGUCUCGCUAUAAGCCUGCUUCCUAUAUACCGUAUUUUUCGCACUAUAGGACGCACUUUUUCCCCUCCAAAAAUGAAGGGGAAAUGUGUGUGCGUCCUAUGGUGCGAAUGCAGGCUUCACUGAAGCCUGGAGAGCGAGAGGGCCGGUGCGCACCGACCCCUCUCGCUCUCCAGGCAUCAGGAGCGCCGCAGCGCCAGCCCCCCAAGGUCGGGGGGACAGAGGGAGGCGGAACGCCGCCAUCCCGCUGUCUCCCGAAGUGGUUUGGAGGCUGACGGCGGGGAGACCCCGCCGCCGGCCCCGCAAGCUCCGGGGACAGCUGGGAGACGCAGCGCGUCUUCCUGCUGUUCCCGGACCUGAUCUGAAGGCGGGCGGCGGGGAGAAGAGCGCUCUCCCGCUGCCUGCCCCGCUAGCUCUGGGGACAGCUGGGAGGCGCAGCGCGUCUCCCCGCUGUCCCCGGACCUGAUCUCAAGGCGGGCGGCAGGGAGAAGAGCGCUUCUCCCCGCUGCCUGCCCCCAGCUCCGGGGACAGCUGGGAGACGCAGCGCGUCUUCCCGCUGUCCCCGGACUUGGUAUCAAGGCGGGCGGCGGGGAGAAGAGCGCUCUCCCCGCUGCCUGCCCCCAGCUCCGGGGACAGCAGGGAGACGCAGCGCGUCUUCCCGCUGUCCCCGGACCUGAUGUGAAGGCGGGCGGCGGGGAGAAGAGCGCUCCCCGCUGCCUGCUCCCAAGCUCCGGGAGAGCAGGGAGACGCAGCGCGUCUUCCCGCUGUCCCCGGACCUGAUGUGAAGGCGGGCGGCGGGGAGAGCAGCGCUUCUCCCCGCUGCCUGCCCCCAGCUCCGGGGACAGCAGGGAGACGCAGCGCGUCUUCCCGCUGUCCCCGGACCUGAUGUGAAGGCGGGCGGCGGGGAGAAGAGCGCUCCCCGCUGCCUGCCCCAAGCUCCGGGAGAGCAGGGAGACGCAGCGCGUCUUCCCGCUGUCCCCGGACCUGAUGUGAAGGCGGGCGGCGGGGAGAAGAGCGCUCCCCGCUGCCUGCCCCCAGCUCCGGGGACAGCAGGGAGACGCAGCGCGUCUUCCCGCUGUCCCCGGACCUGAUGUGAAGGCGGGCGGCGGGAGAAGAGCGCUUCUCCCGCUGCCUGCCCCCAAGCUCCGGGGACAGCAGGGAGACGCCGCGCGGCUUACCGCUGUCCCCGGCCCUUAUAUGAAGGCGGACGGCGGGGAGAAGAGCGCUUCUCCCCGCGGCCGGCCCCACAAGCGCCUGGGGGGGAAAUAAUUUUUUUUCCUUUAUUUCCCCCCCAAAAAACUUGAUGCGUCCUAUGGACCGGUGCGUCCUAUGGUGCGAAAAAUACGGUACAUUUCAAAGACCUAAUUCCAAAUAGGCUUCAGUUGCCGCUCAAAGAGUUUUAGAAGUGUUAAAGGAUUUAGGAGACCCAGCUUAAGACAUAUAUUUUUAUUGAGUGUCUCUCAAGGGAGCCACACAAGUAUUUUGCAACGUUAAACUCCCUGACUCUUGGUAACACUUAUUUUUGCAGCCUCCAUUCUAUAGGGCCCAAACUGGCACUACUGCUUUCACGUUCUUCUUCUGUAUUUUUAAUGACUAAUUCCAGACAUCCUGAACAGAGUCCAACUUGUAGGAAGCUUAGGCAGACUACAGUCAUCUUGAAUCACUAUUAAUUCACUCCUGACACUGAGCAACAAAACAUUUAAGGUUUGAAGCAAAUAUAAUUUUGUUAACAGCAAUAGCAAAUGGAAUUGGAUAACCUCUCGGGACUCAGUCCUGUUUGCCUUUAACUGAUUUGUACAUGCAUUUCAAAAAUCUAAAAGGUAGUCAUUUCUCUUUUACUCUCUAGACUUUUUUUGUACAUUCAGGCACUCCAAAUACAAAUUCCAGGUGCACAAAUAUAUGUUCUGGUUAGAUCAGCGUCAGAGUUGGAUAAGAAUGGGUCAGUGAAUGACUUGGCCUUCCCAAAGUGCUAGUUUGCACAGCUUAAGAAUGUUUUAGAAAAUGUAAACCUUGGUAAAUAGUGAGCAUCAUUCAAGAAAUUUGUUUUGACCAUUCUCUUCUAGCAGGUUAAUUUGGUCAUAUUUAUAUGGGGUGGAUGUGUUUAAGUAAGUCUGGUACAUGGAGUUUGAAGCACUAAUAGGGUUUUGAGUGGGGGGGGAGGGCUCCCACUCAUUAAAAAAAAACACCUCAAUCUUUUUCUAUUCAUUCUUUAAAUUAAAGUCACCGUGUCACAAAUGGGAAAGCCUGUUUUACAAUAAAGCACAGUCAUACCGUGAAGACCCUGUUUAUCCUUCAUGGGGUUUUUGCAUGUAGCUAUUUGUGUGUAAAAAGCUGCACCAGUUGAUUUACUGACUGUCAGGCAGUCUUUAGGCACCAUUUACCAGAAGAAGGAAAAACUGGACCGAGAAAACCCUGCUUUACCUUUUUCCCUUUUUCCUCAUUGGUGUGUUAGCAUGUGAGCCUCUUUCUCAGGGCUUACUGUUUCCUAGAAUGCUAUAUAAAUAUAACUAUAAAUGUAUCACAUGUAUUAUUGUAGACGGGCAGGGAUUCCCUACGUGAACAGAUAGCUCAAGGCAACAAAGCCUUUCUUUUUAAAAGGGGGCAUUUCUGCACCAAGGCAAUGAAGCUUGGUUGUGCAAAAAGUGAGCUUUUUCAGGAAAAAUUGCUUCUGCUUCACAUAUGGACAUGAGUUGCAGAAACUUGGAUCUAGUUUUGUGUUCCAUUUGAAGCCAGAGGUCAUGUUCAUCCUCUUUCCAGAGCAUCCAUCUAUGUGAUGCUGGAGCUCUGUGCCAAACAUGUCCCCAAGCAUGGCUUUGAAUUACGCCUAAUUUCUUCCAUUCUGCGUUUGUUUGUGAGCUUCCAAGCAGCAACAGCUUCUGAAAAGGAAAGGUUAUCCGAUUUCCCUACCUCUUAUUUAAACCUGCUUUUGCCUUCCUUGCUUUUACAAAUAGGUACUUAUCACCUGCCUGUGAGUAGACAUAUAUCCCCUGUUAUGACAAAGGGCAGAACUACACAUUUAUUGCAGCUCUGUGAGUCCUUCAAAAGUGUAACUGGGUCUUGCUAAGUCAAGGAAGGGAGAUCAAGGAGUUUUGGCUGUUACAUGGCACUUUCCCCCUCUCCUCCACUCCUGCCAUGUGCUCCCUGUGUAAAUCUGCUCCGGGGGGGGUGUCUUUUUUGGGGGGGGAACCCUGGAAGAGUUUUAGGGGGCACACAAAGGGUGCAGAGGUUAGGGGAUUACAGCUAAAACAUUGCACAUCUAAAACUUAUUGUGUUAGCAGGAUGUUUCGUUGGAGACCCACCUCCCCAAGCUGCUUCAUUUUUUGGCAAAGAGUGAUAAGAGAAGAACUUUGGGCCCGCUGUUAAAAACGAGCAGGAGCAGGGCCAGAAAAAAGGGGUCCAACUCUGUCCACAACAAAGGCACUGCAUUAGUGCUAAGGAUGUGUGGGAGAACAGAGACGACAUACCCUCCACAGCUAAGAAUCCCCGGAAGGAAAACGGGCAAACUAUUGAUGUGCAUCGGCUAUGAGAGAGUUGAGCCGAAUGAAUCCACCUUACCAUUGCAUGAACGAGGAAAUUGAGCAUGCCUUUGUUUCAGAUGCUGAUCCGUUUAGGGAGCUGUCCAAAGGGUUUCUCUCUCCAAGUUUUCAAAUAAGCAGGCCGUCUUUAAGAGCUGCAGCUGUUCCCCUCCUCCCCUCUCCUUGGCAUAAUAACGAAAACAUUAUUUAAUGCAGUGCAAAGCAACUGUCAACAUUUUGCCGUAAUCUUUUCCAGCUGGGAUAAAACAAGGACUUGGGAGACGGUAGAGGACACACGAACUGAGUCCCUUUUCUUUUCCUUUGGCACAGAAUCUCCUACGACCCGGCAAGGUAUCCAAAGUACAUCCCCGAAGCCUACUGCCUAUGCAAGGGCUGCCUGACUGGUGUUUACGGGGAGGAGAACUUCCACUUCCGGAGUGUCCCGGUGCUAAUGCCAGCAGUCAUCUUGCGCCGAACCACGACGUGCACCGGAGGACGCUAUGUCUACACAGAGGAUUAUGUCACUAUCCCAGUGGGCUGCACCUGUGUACCACAGGUACAUGAAAAAGAAGUAGAGGGUGUAAAUUCCAGCAUAGACAAGCAAGGGGUAAAGUUGCUCGUUGAAUCGUAACAGCAAGCCACCAUCAGAAUGCAGGCCCCAGAAGAAACCUGAUGGCAAAGGUUGCUUUGCAUGUCCUUUUAGCUUCACCAUUCCCUGGUUCUGGGAGUUCUAGAGUCCAUUCAUAAACACACACACACACACACACACACGCCUGCAUGAUGAUGUGGGCUGCAGCCUGCAUCCAUGAAUGAGCCAUAUGCACAGGACGUUUGUGCCAGCUCAAAUACAGUCCCCUUCAGUGCAGUCAGAUAAUGUACCCGGCUGCGAGGCCCUUGUUUUUGAGCGGCCAGGUGGUGCUUGUGCGUAUAUAGGGCUCACCCAUAGAAGCAGCGUGCUUUGAAAAUAUCAUUACAAAUGUUGUGAAGACAGAAGCUGGAGGUGCGGUGGGACACAGUCCAGUGACACAGAGCCAUGAUGAGAUUUGAAGAAUCAUAGUUGAGUUGCACACCUGGAAAGUAGCUCUGGGGAUACAGUAGUGGUCCAGGAAAUAUGAGGCUUGUACCACCUAAUAGCUGCUAUAGAUAAAGGCAGAGGUCCACAAAUGUUGGCUUUGCUGAAGCAGAGCCAUUAUGUGUCAUCAUCACUGACACCCUUCUGAGACCCACAUAUGCCCUGGGGUCUGUCAUGUCACACUGAACCUUAAAGGUAGUGCAAGCAGCUCAUUUUUUAUCUGCUCCAAACAUCAAAUGAUAGGGGACUCCCUUUUGUCACAUCUUAUAAAUCCUUAAUGCAGAGGUUGCUGAAAGGGCUGUGUCUUUAAGGUAUGACCCUGAUGUUGGGAUUCUGAUGUUAGGAUUCUAACAGUGCAAUGUCCUGGACUUCUGAUUAUUUUUGUUUCAGCUUUAAUUGUUACUUCUGUGUUCAAAGGAAGAAAACAUUUCACAAAAUAUCAUUUCAAAAGCAGCAUCAGCAGACUCGCUGAAAAGGUAGCAUCCUCACACUGCAAAGGAGUAUCAGUCCACGAAUAGUUUACUCAGGGGGCAGGUGUGAAAUGUAGAGAAGUGAAGAACUUUACUGCUGGUGUUAACGAGGAGUAAAGUACUGGUGUUUUUCCAGUUUACAGCUCAGAUGUUGAUCAGGGCAGUAUUGUAUAUGCCGCAAAUGCACACCAACCCUAUACAAUAUACUCUUGCUCACAUAACAUCAUGGAAAGAGAAGUCGCGGCUUGAAAAAUAGUCCGGUUUAUGACCCCUUUCAAAAGUGUGGAAACAUGCCAGUUGCCUUUUUAAGCUGUUCUUAGCUUUCAGCUUACAAGCCAGUUAUCAGUUUUAGAUUUUUCAGGCUGCAGGAGCCUUUGGGAAUAACAAGGAUGAUGAGAGAUCAGAUAAAUGAAACCAAACUGCUUGGCCAAGGGGGGGGGAAUGUGCCUUGGCUUCCAUCUGUGAGAGAGGAAAGCAUCUGCCAAAUUAAAUGAAUGUAUGAGCCAAAAGCUCUAAACAGCAAAGGUUCAGAAAACUGUGUAAGCUGGAGGCAGCUGCCUCUUUAAACUCCCAAUGAUAGACAAAGCCGUUGGCUCAAUUUACAGGGUUAAUUCUGUCUAUAACUCCUUUCUCCGCAACUUCCUACAUUGCAAACACCAUCCUUUAUGGAUAUUCUGAGACUUUCCUCAUUUCCCAAGUCACCCAUUCCACUUGGUGAGAGUGAGCCACGGUUUUCUAAUGUGUAAUGUUAGCAAAAAUCAAUAGGUUACCAAAUUGCUUUGCCUUUAUUCAUGUAUCUUUCUAGCUUUCAGGUAGAUGGUUGCUAAUCUAUCUCCAAAUUGCACAUGACACAGCAGUUGCCAUUUGGCCUUUGUUUAGGGUGAACAGAAUGACACCGUUGGACCUUCAGUAGUUGUGUAGAAGGGGUGGCAAAUUUUUGGGAUGAAGAUUUCCCCUCAAUUUCAGGAAGACACAAACUGAGAGUAGCAACUAGUAUGAUGACCUGCUCUGGUUCGCCAGAAAUGGCUUUGUCAUGCUGGCCACAUGACCCGGAAGCUGUCUGUGAACAAACGCUGGCUCCCUCGGCCAAUAAAGCGAGAUGAGCGCACAAUCCCAGAGUUGUCCGUGACUGGACAUAAUGGUCAGGGAUACCUUUACCUUUAUGAUGACCUGAGAAGGGUGACUAGGAGGAAGAAUCUGUAAACCAAAUCCUGUACGGAACAAUUAAAGAAUACCUGGGUGUAUUUAGCCUGUCUUCAAAUAUCUGAAGUGCUUUCAUGUAGCAAAUGGAAGAAUUUUGUGUUCUCUUGCUCCCGAGGGUAAGUCUAGAACAAAUAGGUGGAAAUGGUGGGAAAGCCAAUUUUGGCUAAACCUUACGAGAAACUUCCUAAGAGUACAAGCCACUGAACAGCGGAACUGCCUGCCUUAGGAGGCAGCGAGCUGUCUUGUCUUCAUUGGAGACAUUUAAGCAGAGGCUGAACGAAUGUCUGGGAUUUUGUAGUCACACCUUCGCAAUGUAGAUCCUGCAUUGAGCAGUGUGUUAGACAAGUUGACUUCCACGAUUCCUUCCAACCCAGAGGCCCAUCUCUGCAUGAAAAGGCGUAUCUGCCAAAAUCCUUUCUUUUUCAUAAUGGACUCUGGGGAUGAGAGGAUUUAUUCCAUUCUGUUAUUUUCUCUGAUGUGCUCUGCCCAGAGUUUAACUCCUGGUCUCUAGCUUAACUAUUUUUUUUAUUUUUUAAAAAUUGCAACUAGUUUUUUUCACCAUCUAGCUCUGAUUUCUAAGUUUCUGAAAUUACAGCAUGUACAGUUUGCAGAUGAGCUGCAAGCUGAGGCAUCUCCCUCCCCACUGCUUUCUUAAUGCACCUUUGUACUGAUAAAACAGUGCAGGAAGAUCCAUAACAAUGUGAACCUGUUUUUGGACGGUUUUACUAAUGUGCACACUUGUUUUGACAUGCUGGUAAAUACCUCCCAAAAAGAAUCAUCACACAAUUGUGUAGAAUCACAUAUUGCUGUUUUACAAUAUUACCACACACAUGUUCACGAACACACUGGUAAAAUGGUAGAAAAGGGAUUGCAGUGCAAUCUUGAUCAAGUUUGUUUCCUCCCCCCCCCCCCCACUGUUUUAUCAACACGUGGGGAGGAAUGACAGACGCCCUGAAAAGCCACUGAUAAUCAGAACAGGCAGCGCUGGGCAAAAACUGAUCUGCUAUAAGGUAGUUUCCUAUGUUCCUCCAUAAAAAUGAAAAAGAAGAACUCAAAUACAGAACAACUGUGGAUUUCUAAUCCAAUUGGAAACAAGAGAUCAACUAAUUCAGAUUUCCCAAAAUCCAGGUAGAAACUUCUGAAAUAUGCCUAAUGGAGCCUGGAAAACCUUUGCAUCUAUAACAUGUCCUUCUUCUAGAAAACUUCCCAAUAAUUUAAUUUCUCUCUCCAUCGCUGCGCUACACUGCACUAUGCUGUGGCUCUUCCAACCAAACAUUCCUUUGAGAUUACUUCACAGCCCUGAGUCCAUGGACCCCUAACAGAAUCUCUGCAUUCUAUACUGGGGUGGCGGGGAGGGGGAAGGCAGGCAGAUUUAAAAGGAAAGAAAUGCUUGUUGAAUGCAGUCCAGACAUAAUGUGUGAGCACAAUUCAAAGGAAACACUGGCAGCUAUACAUAAUUUGAUAUAACUUUUAUGGCAGGAGCCCCCCCCCUGCAACUUUUAUUGGAAAUUCAGAGGUGCAAAUUGUGGUAGUCAUUCACUUUAGUAUCGAAAUCAACCGACACAGAGGAUUUUCCUUGCAUCUGCCUUGUAUUUUACAAUACAACCAGCAGCAUCCCACCAUAAUUUCCAGCAUCAAACUGUUCAGGCAUCUGUGACUACUAUACUAUGCAACUCCCUGGCAUGCACUUUCAGAGAACAGCUAAUUUUAAUGCACCCAUUUGACCACAGUUCAUAUGCUAAACUGGGUGAAUUAUGUGUAUCUGCAAGUGUCUAACGCUAAAGUUGUGGCUUUCAAAUGCCCCCGGGGAAUCUUUUCCACAUUGGCAAACUAGUUAAUGACCUCUGCACAUUUUGGCUGGAGGCGAUUAUUCAUAAUGGGAAGGAAUAAGAAUUUGCGUGGGGAAUGCAACUAUUAUUGUAGAGGAAACUGUUCCAAUCAAAGAGCAGAGUACUUGGCGGCUUAAGUAAGGGCAAGAUUUCAAAGUACAGGCAAUAUACAGGCUUAGUCUGGAGCUCUGAGAUAAUGAAUACAAACCAGACUCGAACUAUUGAAGGUUUUGUGCCAAGGCAUAUGUAUCCAAUGUUCUCUUUUGCUCUUAUUUCAGUAUUUAGUUCAUAUUCAAACAAAAAUUUAAAACCUUUGGUGGAUAAGUUAAAGCACAGGUGGCUGUCACCUGUAGAAUGCACCCUGCAGGGAUGCUGGGCAAGUGAGAGGUGCUAUGGCCGUGGGAACUGCUGAAAUGCAGGGUUGUAUGAAGAUGCCAGGGCCCUCAACUUCAUAAGAACAUAAAAGAGGUCAAUGGCCCAUCUAGUCCAGGCAGCCUGUUCCCACUGUGGCCAACCGGAUGUCUAUGGGAAGCUUUCCUCUACCCAAAAUACGAGGGGGAAAGAAGGAGCAGGUGUGUAAACACAAGGACCAGUGCAUGGAAAGCUGGAAACCCCAUGGGAAAUGUUAACAUCACACUUGACAUGGAUGUCAGCAAGCUCUUCAAAGCAAACUGGAGAAAUGGGAGACUUGUAAAAAUGGGAAGACCGACUUAAAAGGGAAGUAAGUACCGUAUUUUUCCACAUAUAAGAUGAUGUUUUUAAUUAUAAAAAAAUGUUAAAAAUUGGGGGUCGUCUUAUACAUGGAUAGUGCAGAGGGGGGAUGGGCAAUUGGUGGCAUCCACGAGCGGGAGAUUGUCAGCGGCAAUUUGGCGGCUGCGGCAAGGCCUGCUGCCGAUUCCCCCCCUUUCCUUAAUUUGGAGUCCCAAAAAAUAGGGGUCGUCUUAUACACCGGGGCGUGUUAUACACGGAAAAAUACAGUAGUAUCCUUCACUGCUGAGCAGGGUGUAAAUAAAAUGAAUGGUUGCAUCUUUCCUCCCAGGAAUUGCGUUAAUCAGUUGCUGGACUAGAAAGGAAGGGGCACCACACCUUCCCCUUCAUCGUAUCUUCAGUACAGGGAGGUCUCAUUAUCCAUAAAAUCAGACCAAUACUCUUUUAACAGUUAGGGUUUUGUACAAUGACUGCAGCUCAGCCAGUGGCUGGGGCAGAAUAAAAACCUAGCCAUUCCCCAUCUCCAAAGCAGAACAGGAUUUAGGCAGUUUGAAAGGUUGGCAAGUCCUUGUACCAUAAUACAUCAUACAAGAGAAUCUAAGGACAUUUUAUGGCACAAAAGCGUAAGAAAAUGAAUUCAGUACUGUGCAUACAACUUCAGUUUGAUAAAGGUCAGAAAGGUUAUCCAAUUGCCUCUUUGGAUCAAUGGAUGUUAUGCUGCAAAAGUGCUUAAUGGCUUAUUCAGAAAAAAAUGAAAUUGGUUCAGGUUUCGUAUGCGAAAAUGCUGUGAGAUAACACCUUGAGUGUUUGAUGAGGGUCACGCUCUUCCGAAUUAGGAAAUAAUUGGGAAAUAAGUAUUUUGCAACUCAACCACGUGAUAAAGUCAGGUUCACAAUACACCUGGAAAGAUAAUAUGGCAGCCUAAUAACAUAAAAUGCCCUUUAAAAAAAAAAAAACUUCUGACAUGGCAUUUUAGAAAAGUAUAGUCUCCCAUUUCUGUGCAACAUUUUAAUAAAAUGUUUUCCCUUCCUCUCUAAGAAGGCAAUAAUUUCUCUAAGAAAGCAAUAAUUUAUCACAAAUCAAAUACACAGGGUGGCAAUUCAUAAUGAAAAAUAUGGAGCUUGUUACCAGUGCUGGAGUUCAGAUUUAUGCUUGCCAGGAGGAACUUAGUUAAAUCACUUGUUCUCAGCCUCAGUUGCCCACAGAAUUAUAAAGAGCAACAGGAAAGGGAGCAAGACCUGUCAGUUGGGUUGGCAGAGUAUAUGAAGUGUUUUGGUGGGAGAAAGCUUAUCCAAUGUUAUUGCACUUGUUCCAUGUCCACUUGCUCAACCCUCGCCUCCAAUCACCACCUCCCUCCUAUUAGCACAAAUAUUGCUGAAUGUUAAAAACAAAUUACAAAUGUUUACACCUCCAGAGAAGGAAAAAAGCCCCAGACUGAAAUAUUUGGUUAAUUCUUUAGGAGCAGUGUCAAGAAACAGAAUCUAGUCCAGAAUCAUAGUUCACGUAACAUCUAAAUUCAUUGGCUAGGUUUCGAGUAUGUUUUGGAAUAAACUUGCUCAUCUUCACACCAAGAUGCUUAGCAGCAUAUUCCUCCAUAACAGCACCUGCAGCAGAAAAUGAACAGAAGAUCAUGUCUUAAUGGAACAAAAAGAGUAAGAACUUUCUUGUUGGCCCAUCCCAUUUCAAACAGUGGCCAGCCUCAGACUUCUCAGAAGCAGGGCAUGAAGGCAAACAGACUUUCUCUCUGGUUGCCCCGAGCAGCCAAUGUCCAGAGUCAACAUUGAGAUUUCAGUUUGCUAUCAUAGCAAAGCAAUGGCAUAUUUAAAUUAUCUUUUUUAACUACUCCUGUUUCCCCCCCCUCUAUCCUAUAUCCCUUACAACAGCUUUCUGUGAGAGCUGACUGUUUCCCAAAUCAAGAUGCUUUACAAAGUCAUGAGCAUUAUCCUUUUAAAUGAAUGCAGACACUAUAAUUAUAGAUAAUAAGAUGUUAGAUGUUGCAAUGCUUAUACCUGUACAAAGCAGAACCUUUCCUUUAGUCAAGUAUUUUAUGGUUUCUGCAGUUUUUCUGAGACACUCUUCAGACAGGUAGGGUGGAUCUGCUAUGACAAUGUCAAAACUGUGUGCUGUGAGGUUGGCCGGAAGGUUCAAGGGAUUGUUGUAAUCAUAGAAAACAUAUUCAGCUCCAUACACAGAAAAUCUUUGGUCAUAUUCCAAUAAACAUGUU